AUGUUAUGGACGUCGCCCGCCCGUCCUGGGACCCUUGCCGCAGCAGUUCCAGCCCACCCGUCCCGAGACGUGGCGGACAUCGCCCGCCCGUCCCUGGACCUGCGGUGGACCCGGCCCCCCCGUCCCGGGACACGUGGUGGACAUCGACCCCCCGUCCCAGGACCUGUGGGCGGCCUGGGAAACAUUGCAGACAUCGCCCACCCGUUCCAGGAGCCGCAGCAGGCCCAGCCCGCCCGUCCCGAGAUAUGUGCUAGACAUCGCCCACCCGUUCCGGGAGCCGCGGCAGGCUCAGCCUGUCUGUCCCGAGACACGUGGCGGACAUUGCCCGCCCGGCCCGGGACCUGCGGAGGGCUCGGUCUGCCCAUCCCAGGACACGUGGCGGACAUCGCCCGCCCGUCCCAGGAUUCUCUUCAGGCUUGGCCCGCCUGUUCCGGGACCCGCCGCGGGCCUGGCCCACCCAUCCCAGGACACGUGGCGGACAUCGACCGCCCAUCCCAGGACCCACGGCGCAUCUGGCCCAGCCCGCACGUUCCGGGACCCGCCGCGGGCCCAGGCCCAAUCGCCCCAGGACACGUAGCAGACAUUGCCCGCAUAUCCCAGGACACGUUGCAAACAUCGCCCGCCUGUCCCAGGACCCGCCGGGUGCCCAGCCCACCCGCCCCCAAGACACAUGGCAGACAUCACCCGCCUGUCCCAUGA